CUCCUCAACUCGCUCUUUAACGACCCGUGUUUGUUUGUUCCUCUGCGGAAAAAGAGGGGCCUAGUAUCGACAGAUGUAUCAGACCUGACUGCUGUUACCGGCAGAAGGAAACAGGAAUGAAUCAGUGCCGAGAACCAGGUCAAGGUGUGGAGCAGGAGGAGGAGGAGGAGGUGACUGGGAUGGUGUGUCAGGAGGCCGACCUGAAAGAUGGACAGAUGAAGGAAGUUACAGUGGGGGAACAAAAGGUGCUGCUUGUCCGUACUCAGGGUCAGUACAGUGCUGUGGGAAGCCAGUGCUCUCACUACAAUGCUCCUCUUGUCAAAGGAGCGCUGGUCGGUGACAGAGUAAGGUGCCCGUUUCAUGGUGCUUGCUUUAAUGUCAGAACUGGAGAUAUUGAGGAGUAUCCUGGUCUGGACUCUCUGCCGUGUUAUAAGGUAAAAGUCGAGGAUGGCCAGGUGUAUGUGUCCAUCAAGAAAAAUUCCCUGAAGUUGACGAGGCGGGUGAAGGAGAUGUGCAGCUUGGUGCCAGACAUCAAACACACCAUCUUGCUGAUAGGAGGAGGCCCCGCCUCUCUGGUUUGUGCUGAAACCCUGCGGCAGCACUGCUACCAAGGUCGAAUCAUAAUGGUAACCAAAGACAGCCUGCCUCCAAUUGACAAGCCCAAACUGAGUAAGGCUUUGAAUGUGGACAGCAGCAGCAUCCUUCUCCGGACAAUUGACUUCUAUCAAAAGUAUGGAAUUGAGGUGUGGACACAGAAGGAGGUGGUGUCGGUGAACCCAGCUGAUAAGGUGGUGAAGCUGAGCGACGGCACUUUGCAGCAUUACGACCAGCUCCUCAUCUCAACUGGCUGUAGAGCGCAGCCGCUCAACUGUCCUGGCUCGGACCUGACGGGAGUAAAGUUGUUGCAGAGAUAUGAAGACGCCCAAGAGAUUCACAGCUCCUGCCUGGGCCAGAGAGCUGUUGUGAUAGGAGCCUCCUUCAUAGGUAUGGAGGUGGCCUCCUACUUAUCCGACAAAGCUGCCAGCGUGGCUGUGGUCGGCACUUCCAGAUACCCGUAUGAGCGAUCUCUGGGGCCAGAGAUUGGCAAAAUGAGUAUGCAAAUGUUGGAGGAACAAAAAGUAAAGUUCUACAUGAGUGAUGGAGUCACUGAGAUCCAUGGGGAGAACGGCAAGGUGAGAGCAGUGGUGCUUAAGAGUGGUGAAGUCCUGGAUGCUGAUGUGGUGAUUGUCGGAAUUGGUGUAAUCCCCAACUCAGACUUCUUGUCAGGAAGUGAGUUGAAGGUAGAUUCAAGGAGAGCUGUGAUUGUUGACAAGUACAUGAGUACCAGUAUACCGGAUAUUUUUAGCGCUGGGGAUGUUACGUCUUUCCCUCUGACCAUUCGUGGAGACCAAAGAGUCAACGUCGGCCACUGGCAAAUGUCACAAGCUCAAGGAAGAGUAGCUGCCCUGAACAUGCUGAACAAACCGACCAAAUGUGACUCUGUUCCUUUCUUCUGGACUGUGUUGCUUGGGAAGAGUAUCCGAUACACAGGCUACGGAGAAGGAUACACAGAAAUCAUAUUCAAAGGCAAAGUGGAAGAAAGGAAGUUCCUGGCAUUUUACAUAAAAGAAGAGGUGGUGGUAGCUGCGGCCAGCCUGAUGUUUGACCCUGCUGUGGCCCGUCUCGCAGAGUUGAUGGCUACUGGGCAGAUCAUAACAAAGGCGCAGGCUCAGGCUGACGACCUGAGCUGGCUACAGAUGUAACCCGAGGGCUGCUGCAUCCAGGAGCAACACGUCUCACUGACGAAGGAUGUCGCCUUUCUCUUUAAUGUCUGUCUCUCCAUGAAACGGUGCCAAAUUGAAUUGCUCUUUACUGCCUCAGCUCGUCUGAAUGCCAAUCAGACCUCUGCUCUGUAACCAUAGCAGCAAGCAAACGUCUCUGCACUUUUAUCUGAUCUCUGUGUAACGAGCGUAAUCUAGAUAACACGGCAGUUUUACCUGUAUUCAUUCUAAGUUUUAACUACAGCUGGACUAAAAGUGGGUCGUCUCAAAGGCCACAGUCUGUGGUUAAUAUGAACCACACCACAUAAAUUAAUCCAUAAAAGAAUCCAUAAACAUUCAGUUCUGAAACACACACACCACUCCAUGUGUUUUAGUUACUCUAUAUUCAUGAGUAACUUUUAAAACUUUAACAUACAAAGGCCAGUUAAAGUCCUGCAUUCAAAAAACACAGUGAUGAAUGUGUUUGAUUUAAUUUUUUAAACUUUUAUCAUCAAUCCCUCCCGUUUCAUUAUCACUUAAAUGCUUGAUUUAAUUAUAAAUGUUUACAGCAGAGAUGUAGCUUAUUUUCAAGUCUUUUAACUUGAAAGUCAAUCCCACAUGAAGAGAAAACAAAAGCACUUUGUGUAAUCUUAACUUUUACUCACUUAGUAAUAAAGUCUGGGUGCCUUGUGGUGCAUAACUAAAGCUCAGGUAUUAAAUCUGUUUCAACACCACAGAUUAUCUACACCUUAUUGUACUUCCUGUCGUCAGCCUGUUGGUGCAGUGUGAAGAUGUGUUUUCUGUUUCUGAAAUUGUUACACUGACAAUAAACCAUCACUCAUCUAGACUCACAA